AUGCGGAGCGGCCAAACCAAGCCAGCCAGAAUAGUCGAAGAGAUAAGACAAGAGCCACAGAAUCAGAAACGCGCACGGGCCUGGAAUGCGAUAGAAGGCGAGCUGAAAAAGAUCGAGCACGCAGAAGGUGCACCUCUGGAAAGCUCAACAGUGAAGCCAGACAUAGGCGCAACCGUAGUCGGAGAAGUGCGGCGGCGAGGCUCGCUUCCGACGCCACCGAACCCCACCCAGCUUCGAUUGUAAUAUGAAAGGAAAAGAAGAGUAGAAAACAGUAGUUGUACGUAUUGUUCGAUCAACUACGUAGAUUGAGAAAAUAGUACAUCUUCUUACUAAAGGAAAUAGGCUGGUUUCGUCAUCAUGUCGAAGGUCAUUGAACUGGUAUCGUCAAUGAACGAGUAGCAGUAGCUUCCAGUAGUAUAGACAUUACUCAUUGUGCUUUUAGAAGGAUGGUCUCACAGCUUUACCUCGAGGAGGCUUUGUCUAUCAUCUAGCACUUUUCCAACAUUUAGGUUUGUGUAUUGGCUCGAAGGAUGUGCUAGCCAAGGACAAUUUUUUUAGAGAACUACGUGUUUAUUGUUCUAAUUUGUUUUUAUUGGCAACUUUCUCCCGUUUCUUGCGUUCGGGUUCUUCGAUAACACGAUUAUGCUCAUUUGUGGUGAAUUUCUGCAUCGGCAUCUCGGUGCCGUGCUGGGCAUCUCGGCCAUGGCUGGGGCUGCCCUCGGCAACAUAGUCGGAGACGUCUGCGGCAUUGGCUUAGCGGGAACGGUCGAGUUUUUCAGCGGGAAAACGGUGGAAGACCAUCCUCUGACGACGCGGCAGAUGAAGCUCGCACCGGUCCAGAGGGUGAAAACAUCUGCAAUGGCAGCGGGCGUUUUUACGGGCUGUGUAUUGGGGAUGUUCCCUCUCUUUUUCUUCGAGGAUAAAAAGGGGACGAACGCUACUGCUGGUGUGGCGCCAACGACGGGUACGGGUGCGCAAGCGAGCAGCGACCCAAACGGUGCACUAGGAGAAGGUAAUUCGGGUGGAAUCGCGACUGAAAAGGAUCAACAUGAGCAGAAAGCUGUUUUUUUGGGUAAAGGAUAGAACCAGUCAGACUUUGCACACUAUGUGAAGUUUUCUCGUGUAAGAAC